GAUUGACGGAAGUAUGAAAUGCGCAUGCGCCACACGUGAAAUUAGUCUUGUUUUGAAAACUACUACUACCUACUUUUUGGGUUAGGAGGAUGCAAGUUAAAGGCCAUGGAGAUCGUAGGAGAAAUUUAUAAAUGAAAGUGAGCCCUAGAAACAAUAAAAGUGAAAUGAAUCUUACCACAAGAUGUCUACACCUGCAUUCAGCCUGUGGUUUGUAUGCUGCAGGUACAAUUUGGCCAGCAAGUUAUGUAUCACCAUAUAAAAAACAAUGCCCAAUGUUUUACCCAUUUAAGAAAAAGGAAUUGACACAUUCUUUGACAAUAAAAAGAAAUAAUUGCACACUUGAUGCUCCUAAUAAAGCCAGUGGCAAUAUUCAAUAUACACCAGGAAUGAAAGUAAAUACACUGUUUUCGUUUUGGAACUCUAAAUUCACUGAUUGUGGAAUAAGUGAACCAGAAGCGUCAACAAAUUACAUCAUAGCCCAUGCAUUAGGGAAGAAAACUUUAUGGAAUUUGGACAAGGAGUCAACUUUGGUUAAGGAGGAACAGUUCAAAAACAUUGACAGAAUGUGCCGACGACGCCUUGAGAAGGCACCGGUGCAGUACGUGAUAGGAGAAUGGGAUUUCUGUGAACUUGUACUGAAGAUGGAGCCACCAGUUCUGAUACCAAGACCAGAAACAGAGCACCUGGUGAACUUUGUAUGCAAGGAUCUAGCAAGCAGUGGGAACAGAUCACCUUCCAUACUGGAGAUUGGUUGUGGUAGUGGUGCUAUAUCACUGGCCAUUUUACACAAAAUUAAGGAGGCCAAAGCAGUUGCCAUAGACCAGAGUAUUGCAGCGUGUGAACUGACCAAACUAAAUGCCAGAAUUAAUCACUUGGAAGACAGACUACAGGUGCAUCACCUGGAAUUAACUGAUGAACUCUUUGAAUCCCAGCAUAAACUUUUCUGUGAAAAAUAUGAUGUUCUUGUAAGCAAUCCACCUUAUGUUCCUAGGAAAGAUAUGAAGAAUUUACAGGAGGAAGUUGCAAGAUAUGAAGACCCCAAAGCGUUAGAUGGAGGAGAAGAUGGAAUGGAUGUUAUCAGAAUUGUCCUUAAUUCUGCAUCUUCUGUCUUAAAGGAGAAAGGGUCUGUUUGGUUAGAGGUAGAUACCAGUCAUCCAGACAUCAUCCAAAAACUUGUUACAGAGAAGAGAACUGAUUUGAAACUGAUGUAUGUUGAAACACUUCUGGAUUUUAACAAGAAGCCUCGGUUUUGUCAUCUUAUAUAUGACCCAAGUUGAUGUAAUUAUUGAGAAUCAUUAUUUUAUGAUUUUAAUAUAUUUAAUGUAAAUUAUUUACUGUUUUGACUGUUUUAUAUCAGGAAAGACCAUUUCUACUGAUUUACUGUAGGGCAAUUUAUGCCAGAGUCAACUGGUCUAUACUUGCUGGCUGGGAAUAUUUAAAAGAUGCAAAUUGUUAUCAUGAAAUUUAGUGAGUGAUUCUUUUAUUUUGGUUGGAGGAAUAAUUAAUAAACCAUGAUGAUUUGAUUUUAAUUUUUACUGGUUAUUAACAGUGCUAAAAUAAACUUGGCAUUUGAUCUGUUUGUUUAAAAAUGUGAAUUAAAUAACAUUGCGUAAAUGAUUUAUUGGUUCCCUUGUCUCCCAGACACACUCUAAUCAAUGUGAAUUGACUGGAGAAUAACCAAUAAUAAUAUUAAAAAAAAGUUAAUAACGAUGGACAGUGUUUUCAUUUACAAGGCAGUCAUUAUAACAUAAAGAAAUAUAUUUAUUAUUGCAAUUUUGUGCUAAGUCACAUUGAUAAUGUUCCUUUUUAUCAGCUAAGGGUAAAAAAAAUGAAAUACUGGAUAGGGAAACAAAAAUAAAUGUGUUUGAAUUUUCUAUGCCAAUUAUCAAAAUUUGGUUAAUUUUUAUCUCAAAACCUACUUUAAGUUCCUUUGAAAAUAGUAGAGUUAAAAGCCAUGCCAAAAUGCAAUGAUGUUCAGUAAGUCAAACAGUCCCACAGCUAUUUUAAAAUGUUCCUAUUUGGAAUUUUUAUGCCAUAAUGAAUUUUUCUCAAACUUGAAUCAUUGCAAUAAGUUUUGUCUUUCUAAUAUAAUUAUCAAUUGUUCAGAUCUGUCCAUGCUUGUCCUUCCUGAAAGAUGUUGUAUGUUAAUGUCUUACAAUCACUGAGUUCAAAAUGUCAUUCAGGCUAUGGGAAAAGUGGUCUUCAUUUCUGUGAA